CUAGUUGUAGACUUGGUCUUGCAUAACGACUGGUCUUGUCUUGAUUAUUUUCUUUUUAUUUCUUUGCGAUGUCAGGACGUGGCAAACAAGGAGGAAAGGCUCGGGCCAAGGCCAAGUCUCGUUCCUCGCGCGCCGGACUCCAGUUCCCGGUGGGCAGAGUGCACCGCCUGCUUCGCAAAGGCAACUACGCCGAGCGGGUGGGCGCUGGCGCUCCGGUGUAUCUGGCGGCGGUGUUGGAGUAUCUGACAGCUGAGAUCCUGGAGUUGGCUGGCAACGCGGCUCGCGAUAACAAGAAGACCCGCAUUAUCCCGCGCCACCUGCAGCUGGCCAUCCGCAACGACGAAGAGCUCAAUAAGCUACUGGGCCGCGUGACCAUCGCUCAGGGCGGCGUCCUGCCCAACAUCCAGGCCGUGCUGCUGCCCAAGAAGACCGAGAGCCACCACAAGGCCAAGGGCAAGUGAUUAAUUAGACCAGUACCAGAGUUUCCGGAAGUGCUUUCAAACCCAAAGGCUCUUUUCAGAGCCCCCCACUAUUUCAAAAAAAAAAAGAGCUAGUGACAUUAUAGAUGAAAGGGGAAAGAAAAAGCGAAGCGAAGGUUUCAAAACCUGCUGACUCCAAAGAGAUGUGUGGAUCCAGAGCAUCCCGUCAAAUUCAUCAAUUCUCAGAAAUAAAUGCAUUGGCACCGGUGUUCUGACGUCAUUGACUGAUCCUGCACCUGCAAAAUUUUCCCUAUUAAAAACUUUCUCUGGGUUUC